AUGCGGGGGCCACCACAGGCUGAGAAGGAGUUGGCCACCAAGGUUCUCCAGAUCCAGUCCAAGAGGUUCUACCUGGAUGUCAAGGAAAACCGUCGUGGCCGCUUCAUCAAAGUGGCAGAGAUUGCUGCUGAUGGACGAAGAACACAGAUUUUCUUGGCCUUAUCCACCUCAGCAGAGUUUCGAGACCAUCUUUCAGCAUUUAGUGAUUAUUAUGCCUCCUUAGGCCCGCCCAAUCCAGACAACCUACCGGAAGAUGGGAAGUUGAAGUCGGAAGUGAUGAUCAAGGACAACCGGAGAUACUAUCUGGACUUAAAGGAGAACUCCAGAGGCCGGUUUCUUCGGGUAAGCGCCGGGGGAUGCCUCCGCGGUCGGAUCGGGGGGAGCCGAAUGAUGCGAAUCCACGUGUUUUGUGUGCAGGUGUCCCAGACGGUGGCACGGGGCGGUCCCCGGUCUCAGAUCGCGAUCCCGGCUCAGGGGAUGAUCGAAUUCCGCGAUGCCUUGACGGAUCUCCUGGUGGACUUUGGCACCGACGACGGGGGUUUCCGUGGGGAGCUCCCCGAGGGACGGCACCUCCGCGUCGAGAACAAGAACUUCUACUUUGACGUCGGGCAGAACAGUCGCGGAAUCUACAUGCGGAUUUCCGAGGUGAAGACGAACUUCCGGUCGUCUAUAACCAUUCCAGAGAAGUCAUGGGUUCGGUUCCGGGACAUCUUCAGCGAGUACGUGGACAAGAUGCACGAUGUUGAAGGGAAUCACAGUGGAAGUCAAGGCGGGAGCAGCGUAGGCGGUGGGAUGGAGAGCGGUGGGGCGGGCGACGCUUCCCCUCCACUUGUUCAAGAAUCCUCGAAAUGAACCACAAGGGAGAAAAAAGAAACGUCCAAACUCAUCCUCAUCCUUUUGGAGGUGGGGGGAUCUGGUCAAAACCCGUCCUUUGGGGAGUUCCGGUUUGGAAAAUCUGUGAUCGCUUGUAUUAUUAUGCAGACUUGCUUCUGAUGAACCGACAGAAAGAAUCUAUUAUAUCAUAGUGGACCUUGAAUGGCAAAUGACGAGAUGAGCGAGAGAGAGAGAGAGAAAUUAUUAUAUUAUAUGGACCUACCCUUAUAAGUGUUGAUGCUGAGUCUGGUGUGGGAAUUGUGGUGUUUAUUUCUGCAUGGGGAAAACUAUAAAUGUGUGCGAGCUUUUGACCAGAUCCUCCCCCUCAUUGGCAUUGAAAGGUGCCUGUGAAGUAUCACAAGUGGACGAUGCAGUGCAAGUCAAUAAGAUGGGGAGAGGUCGGAGAUAGAGAGAGAUGAGGCAUCAAAGUGAACACUGCCAGUGACUUCUUUCUGUGUUUCCUUGUUUUUUUCCUCUGUAUUUCCAUCCCUUCAUGUGCCACUUGGGGAAGUGGCGACGGAUCUCCCACCGUCGUUCCGUCUCCUUCCCGCAGAUCUCCCCCCCUACACCCCCUUGCCCUUAAAUCUGGUGGAAGCAUUUCCAUCAGUGAAAAUGUCUCCUGCCACACACACACGAGCGACAACCGGUGUCAUUCAACGAGCUGUGUUAUCUUCCUGUCUCUUCAUCAUCAUCAUUCUCCUCCCUUCUGUGGACUUUUAGGAAGCAAAAACAAUAUAACAAAAAAACUCCAGUUUUGACCAAGUCAAGUAAACAAGAGUUCAUCCUGUGAUUUUCCUAAAAAGUCUUUUAUGAGAGGAGCAUGGAGAGAGAAACGAGGAGAAUCUUCCUCGAGAAACAGACGUUUGUUGCUGUGUUGCAAUGUGUGACACAAGACUCUCGACUUGCAACCAAAAGUCUUUGUUGUUGGUAUGUAUGAUGUAUGUGUGUGCUUAUGUGUGCGUUUCUGGGGUUUCAAAACUCAUAGACUUCUCUUCUGGGGGAAGAAAGUAAAAAUUUCACUCCAUCCACUUUCAAAGGCAAAGAACAUGUCUUGUUUUCGAUCCUAGUGCCGAGAGAUUCGAGCACAUGCCAAAACCAGAUUUCCAUGUGGGUUGCUAUCGUGUUCAUUUUUACCACCUUUCCAAUUGCCAGACAAAUUUACCCUCGCUGAAAUUCGUUGGAGGACCAAAGGAUUCCCGCCAGUAGGAUUCCCUGGCGUCAGUUGAUUCAUUGCUCAAUUUGCGGUUUGCUCUGGCAGAAAAAGAAGUGCAUUGGAAUGGAGUUCUGCUAUUCUGCUAGCAAAGUGCCGAUUGAGUAUCUCCUCUUGAAGAUUUAUUCCCAAUUUGCAACAUGACAUGGUAAAGUGUGAUAAAGAGAUAGUUCUGUUUUCCCCUCAGACCCUCCCAGAGGCACAAUAUGAGGAUUGCCGAUCGAAACCAAAUAGAAGGAAACAAAAUCCGUGUGAUUCCCUGUGGUGCUGGUUUGAAAAAGUAAAAGAAAAAUUUAAAUAAUGUUUUAAUUUAUAACUGGUCAGGAAAGAAGUCCUUAGCCAAGUCCUUAUGGGAUUCCAACCCGAUGUUGUUAUAUUGAAUUUUUCUUUCCCUCCCAUACUGCGUAUUUGGUACAAAGUAUUAUUAAAAAAAAAAAAUCCUAAGGUGAAGAGGUUUGUUUGAUGCAUCUGCUUCUACGAUCUUUGUUCUAGUCGCUCUCGAGACGCAGAAGCAGAGAAGAGAAACUUUAAGCAUGAUGUUUGGCAUGAGGGUUUGCACAUUUGUUUCACGGCAGCUUUCGACUGACUAUCGGUUUGGACCGUUGUGCCAUAGCCAACCAUAAUGCAGUCUAGCAGUACUCUGAGCAGUCGUGUGAGAUGUGCAGAGAGGUGAAAGGCGAGAGAUUUGGCACUUGGAUGGCUUUUGUGUUGUGCCAGCUAGGAUUAGUGUGUUCCUCUUGUUUUUCUUUUUGGUCUUAUUUUUGUUGUCUACAGCAGGAUUGGGAAUGCGCGUGAUGAAACGUAGCAUUCUUCUCAAAUUCUCUGGAGUGCAAUGCACCCCACUCUGUGCAAAUUAUUUGCACAGAUUGUGAAAUUUCAGACCAGCAAAAUGGUCACAAUGACUGAUGGCUUCUAUCUGGUGUUGUGUUUUGCCUGAGAGGUUCUUUCUUCUUGUUCUGCAUAUCGGGAGAUGGAAAAUGACUUGGGGUUUUUUCCUCUGCAAGAGAACAAUUUCAUGUACACACGACACACACACACACAAACGAAUGUUAAUUUAUGGCUUUGGACUGUAUAUAAGACAUCUUAUCAUAGAUGGAGAGAGAACGAUAAUAAAAGCAGUUGGCACUUGCUAAGGAAGGAAA